AUGUCAAGAGAAGCUCAGUAUGGCUUGUCGAUGGAUAAGAUGAUGACCGCCAGGUCAGACCGUGUCUACAUCGACAGUCCCGACUAUAUACAAGGCAUCGUAUCUCGUCCGAACAGCCAGGGACGUAUCUUAUCAGGAUAUGCUACGCCUCAUCGCGGUGGUACAUUUACCGAUGUUUGGGCCGCAAUACCGGGGAGAGAGGACAUCGUGCUCAAGCUCCUGUCGGUCGACCCUGGCAACUAUGAUGAUGCGCCAGCCGAGGGUAUACGCCGUGUAUUGGAGCUGGUCUCCAGAAAGACCAUACCCAGGCGCUCACCGAUCCCGAAGGACUUGAUUCAUUCUAUACGAAUGGGCACUACCGUCGCCACCAAUGCUCUUCUGGAGAGAAAGGGGACAAGACACGCCUUUGUCGUCACCCAGGGAUUCCGUGAUCUCCUAGACAUCGGCUACCAGUCCAGACCGAAGCUGUUCGCGCUGGGCAUUCGUAAACCCGAGCUCCUGUAUGAUGAGGUUGUCGAAAUUUCCGAGAGGCUGACACCGGAGGAAUUCGACGAAGAUAUCAACAAGGACAGUCGUCCGCCACUGAAAGAGGUACCCGGUGUGCUUGUCAAGGGGACCACGGGGGAUAUCCUGCGAGUCAUUCGCCCCCUGGACGAAGACGAGGUCCGCCAGAAGCUAUCUACCAUCCGAGCAAAUGGCAUUGACACCAUCGCCGUCUGCUUGGCCCAUUCGUACCUGUACCCAACCCACGAACUUCGAGUCGCCGAGAUCGCAAGGGAGCUCGGCUUCACCCACGUCUCAACCUCGUCCGGCGUGGGCGCCAACAUGAUCAAGAUGAUUUCCCGAGGUGGCUCUGCUUCGGCAGAUGCGUAUUUGACCCCGGAGAUCACCCGAUACAUUGCUGGAUUUUCCAAGGGCUUUGAGAAUGGGAACCUGGAUGGCGUCUCUUGCGAGUUCAUGCAGUCCGACGGAGGCCUUGUGAAUCACAAGACCUUCAGUGGCUUAAGAGGAAUCCUGAGUGGGCCAGCUGGCGGUGUUGUCGGCCAUGCCAGGACGUCCUAUGAUGGAAAGUCGCCCAUUGUCGGCUUUGAUAUGGGAGGUACUUCGACUGACGUGAGUCGAUACGGAGGUGCCUUUGAGCACGUCUUUGAAACCACCACUGCUGGUGUAUCGAUACAGUCUCCUCAAUUAGACAUCAAUACGGUAGCUGCUGGCGGUGGCUCAAUGCUAUUCUGGCGCGAUGGUCUUUUCAAAGUCGGUCCGGAGAGUGCUGGCGCUCAUCCAGGACCAGCAUCGUACCGCAAGGGCGGUCCGCUGACAGUCACUGACGCCAAUCUCUUCCUCAGUCGACCUCUUCCCGAGUUCUUCCCAGCAAUCUUCGGCCCAAAUGAAAACCUUCCGCUCGACUCCGACAUCGUCGCGAAGAAAUUCGAAGAGCUCACGGCGCAGAUCAAUGCAGACACCGGCCGGUCGAUGACCGCACUAGAAGUUGCUCACGGCUUCAUCGACGUGGCAAACGAGUCGAUGAGUCGCCCGAUCCGGGCGCUGACAGAAGCCCGUGGGUUCGAGACUGCAGAACAUAACCUAGCUACAUUCGGUGGUGCCGGAGGCCAGCAUGCCUGCGAGAUCGCGUCGAAGCUGGGCAUUCGCAGGACUGUCAUCCACAAAUACUCCAGCAUCCUGUCGGCGUACGGAAUGGCCCUCGCCGAGGUGGUGCAAGAGGCGCAAGAGCCAAGCUCGGAGAUCUUGUCGGACGAAUCGGUCCCUAGGCUUAACGAAAGGCUCGGUGUGCUCAGGAACAAGGUCACCGAGGGCCUGCUGGCCCAGGGUACCAGUCCAUCCGCAAUCGCGCACGAGCCUUACCUCAACCUGCGGUACCACGGGACUGACACAAACUUCAUGAUCACCGAGCCUGCGGACGGCGACUGGCGGUCGGCACUGGAGAAGGAACAUCUCCGUGAGCUGUCUUUCACCUUCCCGCGUGAUAGAAAAGUCCUGGUCGACGAUGUCCGAGUCAGGGGUGUCGGCAAGAGUGGCGAGGCUAGCCAUGCCAACGAGCAGCUGGUAAAGGAGUUGAAGAAUUUCACGUUCGCAAGCGCCUCAGGCGAAGGAAAAGUGGCCAAUGUCUUCUUCGAGGCCGGUGGUCUUCAACCCACGGAGAUCUUCCGCCUCGGGGAUCUGGCUCCAGGAAGCGUUGUAGAUGGACCGGCAAUCAUCAUCGAUAACACCCAGACCAUCGUGGUGGUACCCUCGGCCAAGGCCAAGAUCCUCACUUCCCAUGUCGUGAUCGACCUCGCCGACGGGAAGUCGAAGCAGUAUAAGGACGAGCACGAACUUGUCGUGGACCCCAUCAAGCUCAGUAUCUUCGGCCACAGAUUCAUGAGUAUUGCCGAGCAGAUGGGACGGACUCUGCAGAAGACCAGUAUCUCGCUCAAUAUCAAAGAGCGGCUUGACUUUUCCUGUGCGAUAUUCAGUCCGGACGGCGAGCUGGUGGCUAAUGCACCUCAUGUUCCGGUACAUUUGGGAAGUAUGAGCUAUGCAGUCAAAUACCAACACAACCUCCACCACGGAAAGUUACGGCCUGGAGACGUGCUAGUAUCGAACCACCCUGAGUCAGGAGGAACUCAUCUACCAGCUUCACGGGGCCACCACCUAGACAUAGGAGGAUUCCGAGGUAACUCGAUGCCGCCUGACUCGACGGAACUAUGGCAAGAGGGUGCGGCAAUCAAGUCCUUCUUCCUCGUACGGGAUGGCCAUUUCGACGAAGAGGGAAUUGUCGCUCUUCUGCUGGAGCCAGGGAAAUAUCCUAACUGCAGUGGUUCCCGACGACUAGGAGACAACCUGUCAGAUCUCAAGGCCCAAGUCGCAGCCUAUACCAAGGGUAGCAACCUGAUUAACGCGCUGAUGGAUGAGUACGGCAAGCAUACCGUCCACUUCUACAUGCGCAAGAUCCAGGAGAACGCCGAGGUGGCUGUCCGUGGCUACCUCAAGUCCGCCUUCAAGCGGUUCGGGUCGAAGCCGUUCAAGGCGCGGGAUUACCUCGACAACGGCUCGAUGAUGCAGGUGGCCAUCACGGUCGACGAGGAGGGCUCCGGCACAUUCGACUUCACGGGGACGUCCUGCGAGAUGCUGUCGAACAUGAACGCGCCGCCGGCUAUCACCUACUCGGCGCUGAUUUACACACUGCGACUGCUUAUUAACUCGGACAUCCCGCUCAACCAGGGCUGCCUGGCGCCGACCAAGGUGAUCCUGCCCAAGAACACGCUCCUCAACCCGUCGUCGGGCCCGGCCGUGUGCUGCGGCAACACGCUGACGUCGCAGCGGCUCGUCGACCUGCUGCUCAAGGCGUUCCGCGCGGCUAGCGGGUCCCAGGGCUGCAUGAAUUGUUUCGGAUUCAUGGGUAAUUGCAAGGUCGAGAAGAAAGACGGCGAGGACGGCGUCGAGGGUCAGAAGAAGCCGCAGGAUGAGGAGCUGGGCUUCGGCUUCGGCUACGGCGAGACCAUCUGCGGCGGCGAGGGCGCGGGCCCGACGUGGCACGGCGCCUCGGGGGUGCAGAUCCACAUGACGAACACGCGCACCACCGACGUCGAGAUCAUCGAAAAGCGGUACCCGGUGCUGGUGCGCGAGUUCUCGAUCCGGCAGGGCAGCGGGGGCCGGGGCAGGUUUAGGGGCGGGUGCGGCAUCGUGCGCGACUGGGAGUGCCGCCACGACCUCACCUUCGGCCUCAUCACGGAGCGCAGAGUCCACCAGCCGUACGGGAUGCUCAGAGGUGAGAACGGCGAGUCGGGGGCGAAUUAUUGGGUCCAGAAGACCGACGACGGCGAUGGCGAGCGCUGGAUCAACAUCGGGUCGCGGGGCCAGGUCGACAUGAAGGAGGGCGACCGCUGCGUUAUCCAUACGCCCGGCGGUGGGGGCUGGGGUGCGUUUGAGGAUGAUGAGGUGGAUGGAGAAGUAGAUGGCGCUGCCAACGGCGUCAUGGACGGCGCGCUUGUGAAUGGCGAGACCCCGGCCAAGAUUGCGUACCCGAGGGCGACGGGGAGCUUUCAUACCUACGCAGCCGCCCAGGAGGCAGCUUCAUGA